ACUCCCCGACCUUGGGCUGCGGCGCGCGACUGUCCGCGGUCCGCUCCCCGCCCUCAUGUCUGCGCUGACGCCGCUGCUCCUGAGGGGCCUGGCAGGCCCGGCCCGGCGGCUCCUGGUGCCGCGGGCCCAGGUGCACUCCAGGCCGCCGCGGGAGCCGUUCGGCACCACGGAUGUCGUCGUGGGGCUCACCGCCUGCUUCCUGUGCUUCCUCGUGCCGCCCGGCUGGGUCCUGGCCAACCUGGAGAGCUACAAGAAGCGGGAGUGAAGGGGACCCCUGCCCCGCCCGGCCCC